CGUCACUUAUUUGAGAGGUCAUCAUCGGAGGAACCAUUAUGUAUCGGCCCGGCUGAUGUAAAACUUUCUCGAUCGGAAACCACAUAAAAUUCGUUAUUUGUUUAUCGGUCAAACUUCAUAUUCCAUUGCAAUUAGCAUAAUUACCGGCGCUUUUCGUAAACACUGCCCAUCAGCCAAUAAUUACUGUAGACGACGUCUUUAUAAUAGUUAUUACCUGAUCGGUUGUCGACUGGAGAAUUCCAUAACACGAUCGUCGUCGCGAGUGCAGCACACUCGAUUAAUGUUGUUUUCGCGCCCGCUCGCGAAACUCGUACGAUAUUAUUCUGUUACAAUUCAGAACGAAAGCGACCGAAGCCAUCUACCGAGGACGGACGGAAAUUUAGAGAACACAUCAAGAGAAACAACCAUGGCGAAUAUGACGCAAGCAAAAUUGAAUCAUUUCAUGUCUGAAACACAAGAUCAAUUAUUAAAAUUAUUUGAAAAAGAGCUAGUUUUUGAUGAAGUGGUCGACUCGUGGCCGCUUAUGAGUACACCAUGGCCAGUACUCUCAAUAUUAUCUAUGUACUUAUUUUUUGUACUAAAGCUCGGCCCAAAUAUGAUGGAAAACCGGAAACCGUUUAACAUUAAAUAUGUGAUGCUUUUGUAUAAUGCUAUACAAACACUGUAUAAUGGUUGGCUUGUAUGCUGGUUCUUUAUCACGCCUGGAGCAGUGGAUUACCAUUUGAAUCAUUUAUGUCAUCCACUUCCUCGAAAUCUCAAUCAAUUUCUUAUACAUGAACUAAACAAAGGGUCGUGGUUUUUUUUCCUAUCCAAAGUAAUUGAUUUGUUGGACACAGUAUUUUUCGUCUUAAGGAAAAAACAAUCUCAAGUAUCUUUCUUACAUGUCUAUCAUCAUGUAAAUAUGGUAAUCACUUGCUGGGCUUACCUACGGUUCAUAAAAGGAGAGCAACUGAUAUUUGGUGGAAUCAUAAACUCAUUCAUUCAUACGGUUAUGUACAGCUACUACUUCUUGUCGGCUUUGGGUCCACAUAUGCAAAAAUACUUAUGGUGGAAAAAAUACUUGACACGUAUGCAAAUCAUUCAAUUCCUAUCGAUCAUGACAUAUAAUGCUGGCCUGUACUCGUUUAACUGCAGUUUCCCGAGGUUAUUUAUGCUGUACGUGAUUGCCGAUGUUACAUUAUUUUUAUACUUAUUCUUAAUGUUCUAUAAAAGAACGUACGAACAAAAGCUCAAAACAAAAGUUCACGUAAAUUGAACGAACAAGAAAAAAUGCCUACCUUUUCAUUGUUCACGAAAAUGUGAUUUUCUAUAUUUUUUUAUGUUAUUAAUAUCAUUACAAUGGUCUUGUUUUUUCCUAGAAUAAGUAUAUUUAAUAAGGUUGCUUUACAUUAUAUGUUUUGUAAAAUUCACUUAGAGUCAAAGAAUUACAUUGCGACGUGUGAUGUAGUUGAUAUAUGCAUAACAUAUUUGUGGAACAACUACUCAUACAUAUGUGAUUGAUAUUUUAAGGACUUUAUGUGGUUAGAUAAACCUAUCGACUUUUAAUUAGGUAGCUGAAGACAACAAUUGUCUGAAUACCAUGUAUUUAUAUAUAUUUUUUUUUUAUCUUUUUAUCAUUUGUGGAUAACAAUAUUUCAUAUGUUAUUACUUAUUUUAUAUUUAAAAAAAUGUAUAUGUUAUAAACAUUAAACUUAGUGUCUCACA